AUGGCAACUCGCCAUAUCGCUAUAUGGUCGGCCCUCGAUCCACUUAUAUCACCGGCCGGAUGGCGCAGAGGGAGUGCUCGCCGUCGCCGUCCGCACUCCUCGAAAGAGGAUCCCAGGGAUCGGAUCCCGCACGUCCGAAAAUCUUUGCAAACGCCAGAAAUGGUUCCAUUCACGACGUUCGCAAAGCCGCCGUGUCCCCUGCGUCAUCGGCCGGUCUUAGACACCCUCGCUAAAGUUUGUGCAGCAUAUGAAUUCGAUGCCUCUGCCACUCAAUUAGUGAUCAAAAUGGCCCGCACUGCUACACAAAAAAGAUUGCGUGGUCAACAGGACAUUACUUCUAAGGGAAUACAAAGUACUGCAACUUCGGACAGCUCUCCGCCUGAUUUGGAUGUUGCAGGUCUAUCUUUGAAUGAUCUUGUGUCUGCCAUGAUCGAAAGGAAUGAGCAAAUCAAAGACCCGAUUAUGGGCAAGUACCUCAACGCUCUCGUUACAAAACUACCUCAAGCAGUCACAGAUGCCGUGGAAGGAGAGAAGCGGGGGCGGAGCCUGGUCAUAUCAGGUAUUCCUGAGUCGGCUGCUGAGCUGCCACCUUCCAUCAAGCAGAAAGAAGUUGAGUCAAACAAGUGGACAAGUGGACAAGCUAGAUCCGCUUGCGUGGAUCUAGCUUGUCCAAUGUAUUUGUGCGCAGAAGUUUGA